AUGGCGGCGAGCAAGCGGCUGUGCUCCGCGCUGGGCCCCGGCCCGCAGUGCAGGUACCUGCCCGCGCGGUCCGACCCUCUUCGCGGGGAACCGCGGUCGGCAUCUCAGCCGCGACCCCGAGUGGCGUCCGUCGGGGCUGGGGCUCGGCGCCUCAGGCCCGCACACCCCCUGCCUUGCCGCAGCCCUGGGAAGGAUCGUAACUCACUCCUGGACCCAGAUACGCAGCCGUGUCUUUGGCCACCAGCUCAGCCACGACCACAGCCCGAGAUGCCGCCCCCACCCACCCCAAAGCCUCUGGACUCGCGCCCAUGGGGCAGCUGCACCAAAAGAUCUUCCAUUCCAGCUGCCAACAGGCUGCAGAGCUGGACUGGUGGAUCCAGGCUGCCCCCGGCCCACUUCUGUGAGGUCUGCAAAGUCAGCUGCGCAGGCGCCCAGACCUACCGGGAGCAUCUGGAGGGUCAGAAGCACCGGAGGAAGGAGGCACAGCAGAGCGCUGCAGCCGCAAGCCAAGACCCCCUGCACUGCAACCUAUGUUCUGUGUCCUGCACCGGGGCCGCUGCCUAUGCCGCCCACCUCCGUGGCGCCCGGCACCGGAAGGUGCUCAGGCUGCACAACAGACUGGGGAGGCCCGUUCCCCACACAGCCCCAGCCCCUGCCAGCCCCAGCAGGCGCUCCCCAAGCCGGUCACCAUCACCCAAGAGAACAGUGGCCUCGAAGGUCACGCUUGUGGGGCCACCCGAAGCACAUCCGUGCAGUCGCAGGUCUCCUGAGUCCAGAGAAUGGGCCACCCUCGGAGGCUCUGCGGAAGCUUCUGGAAGCAACUGUGACUCACCACCCGUGGGCCCUGAGUAUGUGGAAGAGGUAUGCAAUGACGAAGGCCGAGUGAUCCGCUUCCACUGCAAGCUGUGCGCCUGCUCUUUCAAUGACAGCAAUGCCAGGGACAUGCAUGUGCGGGGCCGGCGCCAUCGGCUGCAGUACAAGAAAAAAGUAGACCCGGAUCUGCCGCUGGCACUGAAGCCGAGCAGCCGCACGAAGCGUCUCCUGGAGGAGAAACUGCGUAUGCAGCGGCAGGUGGCCCGGCAGCGGCUAGAAGGCAUGAGGCGCUGGUACAAUGAGAUGAGACUCUCGGAUGCCUGCAAGAGGCGGAUGGAGCAGCAACUGCAGGCCCAGGACGAGCCAGCCACAUGCUCAAUGCCCGUCUGCCCCCUGUCUUCCCCGGGCAGUCUAGGGGAGUCAGUCACCAAGGCCACAACAGCCAGGCCCCAGCGGCGCACCACGUCCCACGAUGAUCGGCAUGUGAUGCACAAGCACGCGGCCAUCUACCCCACCGAGGCUGAGCUGAUGGCUGUGCAGCGGGCCGUGGGCCACAUCGAGCAAGCACUCAAGCUGGUGUCAGACGCGCUGGCUCGGGAGCAGGAACGCAACGCCAGCCCAGAGCCCGAGGGCAGCAGCAGCUCGGACGCCUCAUUCCGGAUCCUCAAAGGUGUGAUGCGGGUGGGCCUUCUGGCCAAGGGCCUCCUCCUGCGGGGUGACCGCAAGGUGCAGCUCAUCGUGCUGUGCUCGCAGAAGCCCACGCGCACUCUGCUGCGGAAGGUGGCAGAGCAGCUGCCCCAUGAGCUCCCGGUUGUGACAGAUGACAGAUAUGAGGUGACCUCUGAUCCCGAGACAGAUGUUGUCAUCUCGUCCUGUGAGGAACCCAGGGUGCAUGUGGUGGUGUCUGUCACCUCAGCCCUGAUGCGAGAGGAGGCCACUGCCCAUGGAGAAGGAUCUGAAGCACCCGAGCCCGACCCGGAUGUCCUGAGCCCAGAGCAGUGCCUGCAGUCGCUGGCCGCGCUCCGCCAUGCCAAGUGGUUCCAGGCCCGCGCCAGUAGCCUGCAGCCCUGCGUCAUUGUCAUCCGGCUCCUCCGAGACCUGAGCAGGCGCGUGCCCACCUGGGGCGCCCUGCCUGACUGGGCCCUGGAGCUGCUGGUGGAGAAGGCGCUGAGCAGCGCGGUUGGGCCGCUGAGCCCAGGGGACGCUGUCAGGCGCGUCCUGGAGUGCGUGGCCUCGGGGACCCUCCUGCGAGACGGGCCUGGACUGCAGGACCCCUGCGAGAAGGAGCAGAUGGACGUUCUGGGAUCCAUGAGCCUGCAGCAACGGGAAGAUAUUACCUCCAGCGCCCAGCACGCCCUGCGGAUGCUGGCCUUCCGGCAGAUCCACAAGAUCCUGGACAUGGACCCUCUGCCACCCCCCAAAUUCAGGCUGGGGGCACGCUUCCGGAAGAGGCUGCGCCAGGCCAUGGAGGACCCAGCCCCGGAGAGGGCAGAGGGGUGCCCGUGAGUGGUCGGCGGGCCCCUCUGGGACUGACCAGAACUGACCAGACCUGGCAUACAGCAGCUCACCAGUGUUUAGACCCUUAAAGUGGAUCAUAUGUCCCACCCCACAGCACCUCCAUACUCUCUGCCUGCCUGGUUUCUUUUUUAGGGGGGUUGAGGCCAUACCUGGUGAUGCUCAAGGGUCAAAAUUGGGUGGGAGGGGCCACUCCUGACUCCCAAACCCAGUAGCUGACAAUCACAGGGCCAGCCCGCCCAGGGGUGUCUAGUGCUGGGAAGGAGCAGGGCCAGGGCUAGAGGUGUUAUCUGUCCCCCACCCCAGGACACCAGCCCUGACCACUGAGUGCCUUCCACAUUACAGGAGGGGGUUGCGGGUUCGCCCAUCACUGACCCAGGCCAGCAGCAGUGUGCCCAGGCAUGGGGCAUGCAGGGCUGGUGGGGAUGCAGGGGCACCCGCUGGGCACUCACCCACUUCUCUGCCCCAGACCCCAUUUCUUUGGCUCGGGCUGCAGGAGUGCAGGGUGUGGGAGGCAACCAGGCCCCACAAUGGGACUGGGCGGGAAAUAAAAUGCUGCUCAUCCUCUGCA